AUGGACCAAGAGCUCUUGAAGCAAAGAAAAGAGGCCAAUGCCAAAGCACCAAUGAAGCUCCGAAAGAAAUGGACAGUUGAAGAGCAGCGGAAGGCUGACAUUCUUCAGCAAAUACAUGAAGAAAUUGAGGAGGAGACUGGGCAGAAAGGCUGCCUGGGCAGACAGAAGUCCUCAGGAGGGCUGGAUCACAAUGAGUUGGAGGAAGCCCAGGCGAAGGCCGACGAGUGGACAAAUCAAGCACCUGACCCUGUAGUCCAGGCCAAGAUGGCUAAGAAGAAGGGCGAAAAAAUGAUCAAGCACUUCGCCAAAGAGAUAUUUACUCAGGCCAGUAUGAGACUCUUUGUAUUAGCAUCCUGGAAAGAUGAGAAGGGCGCCCUGCUUACAUCUGGGCAAGUUGAUAUGGUCGGUCAGUUCAACUUCAAUGAACACCCCAGGAGAGGAUCCAGCUUCAUGAAAUGCAAGGACUGGCAGGUCAUCUUACUGGCAUGGGAAGAUUUCAUCGGUGAUGAAUUCAGAAUAUGCUGCGGAAAACGGAAGGUCCCAGUGCCAUGGAGUGACAUAAUGAAGGGGCAGUCUCAAUUCAUCUCCAGCACAUACCUGCCAGAUGAUAUCAAGAUCACAGACCCAUCCAAAAUGCAACGGGAUGAAGCCAAUGCCUUGUUGGAAUCGUGGAUUGACGACAAGGGCAAGAUGCAUUCUCCCGCCAACUACAAAGUCAUCGGCACUGCUGCACUAUCAUCGGCCGGACUUCCAAAAAGGCCGACGAGGUUCAUCAAACAAGCUCAUGUUAGUUCUGCUGAUGAAGAAUCUAACAACACCGAUGCAUAUGUGUCUCUGCCAAAAGUAAGGAAAGAUGCCCCUGACUGUGUGGGGAAAUGUCGUCCAUCAUGA